AUCCAUCGCGGGUGGUGUGAAGCCAGUGCACGAGUGCUCAAGCCAGUUUCAAAUAUGGCUGCCUCUGCCUGUCUGUGAAGAUAAUAUUGCCGUUCUUCAAAUUAUCUUCACAUUAGCUGUUCACUGUUGUGUUUGGUAUCGAAAAGUUGACAUUUCUACCACUGUGCAAUUGCUCAACGCAACAGUGAGUUUGAUGACAAACCAAACCUCAAAUCACACCUUCGUCAUGUUCCCAGAAGUUUCGGCGGUUACCUUCUCUUCUUCGUAUUCUCACGUUCAAACAACGUUUAAGAUGCCUCGAAGUAGAAGGCACCACUCCAAGAGCUGGUCUCGCAGCAGAACUCGGUCUAGGUCUCACUCAAGAUCUCGGAGUCGCUCCCCUUCCUAUUCCAAAUCAAGUUCACGGGAAAGAGCCCUGAAACGUCAUCGCCAUGUUGAUGCCACUGACAGUCCAUACAAAGCAUCAUACAGCAGUGAGAGGGCACAGCGGUCUCGUCGGCAUGAGCGUGGCACGAGCGCCGAGCGUCGCUACAAGCGCUCGCACCGCCGCUCGCCCACCUCCCGCUACCGACACCACCACGAGGACCAGCACCGGCGCCACAGCAGGCACCGCGAUGACCACCGGGAGCGGGACCGCGAGCGGGACCGGGAGCGCCGCGAGCAGGAGCGCACCAGGAAUGCCGAGCGGGAGCGCGACCGGGAACGGGAGCGGGAACGCGACCGGGACCGUGAGCGGGAGCAAGAGCAGCGCAACAGGAACCGGGAGAUGGCGGAGCGGGAGCUCGACCGCCUGCGCGAGAGGGAACGUGAGAGGGAGCGUGACCGGGAACGAGAACGAGACCGGGAGCGCGACCACCAUCACCACCACCACCACCGCCGCUCCUCCAGUCGGGUGAGUAAUCGCUCCCCGGGCGGGUGCCUCCAGACGCCCCGCCUGUCGGUGAGACUAGCCUUGGCCAUCUCCUCUCCCUACCAUGUGGCCCAUGUCUCACACAGUCGUCUUUGGUUUAUCACUGUCCUGAGCAAUUUUUUUUUAAACAAAAAAGGUGCUAAUGCCUUGUUUUGAUAAUAAAAUGAUUUUUUAAGCAAAUCAUUUCAAAUAGGUCAUAAGUUAAGGCAUGGAAAAGAGAACAGAGUUUGGUAUAAAUCCACACCAUGGUAGCACGCAUGUUAGAUGAUAAACGCUUGUUUUGGGUAUAGGUUGGA